GUAGUAUUUUGUAUGUUCCAAGAGAGGUCCUCGUGCCAUCGUCACAAAAAAAUUGGCGCGUGACAUGUGAUGCACGGAAAUAAGUGUAAGUUCAAGACUCGCGCCGCCAGCAGGGGACUCACUUUAACUAAUUAUUUCAACAAAUGGCACCUGUUCGAGUGAAAGCAUUAGCCGGGAGACCGGUUAACGCUAAACUCCUGUUUGGAAACUUUAAAGGAACUUGAAACAAAAACAAAAAAAAAUCCCCUAAAACGCGUCGUGUGAGAACUUCACACACCGAUAAAGGAAUAUCGAGCCUGAGGGACCAGGUGCAGAUGACGGCUGUUUGUCGGUUUGAGCAUUAAGAGAAUGCGUUUUUUUAUACGCCGGCGGAUGUCCCCCCUUAAACUGGUGCUCCUUGGGGGGACUCUCUUCAUGGUGGUCUUGGUAGUUCUCCAGAGGGAUGUUGGCUCUUCAGCUGGGGACCCCUGGUUACAGGAUCUGGUGGUAAAGAGGGACAAGGUAAUGGGGAUGGUCCGAGAAGCUGUCAACAAUAUUGGCUUCCAGAUCGGCGCUCCACAGCCACCACCAGUAAAAGAGCAGCCUACAGAGGACACCAAGUGCCCCAGUGGAUUUUACACUCAGGCUGAGCUCAAACCUCACUUGGAGAGACCACCACAGGACCCCCAAGCUCCAGGGGCUGAUGGGAGAGCGUUUCAAAAAGACAGCAUGACCCCAGAGGAGGAGAAGGAGAAGGAGGAGGGAAUGACACGGCAUUGUUUCAACCAGUUUGCCAGUGACCGUAUCUCGCUCAGCCGCAGUCUGGGGGAUGACACCAGGCCUCCUGAGUGCGUAGAGAGGAAGUUUCGUCGCUGUCCUCCUCUGCCUACCACCAGUGUUAUUAUAGUGUUCCACAAUGAGGCUUGGUCAACCCUCCUCAGGACGGUGUUCAGCGUCCUGCACACAUCUCCUGCUAUCCUACUAAAAGAGAUCAUUUUGGUAGAUGAUGCCAGUACUGCAGAGCAUUUGAAGAGCAGGCUGGAGGAGUAUAUACGUCAGCUGAAGAUUGUCCGUGUGGUGAGGCAGCCAGAGAGAAAGGGCCUCAUCACAGCAAGGCUUCUUGGUGCCAGUAUUGCGCAAGCUGAAGUUCUCACCUUCCUUGAUGCACACUGUGAGUGUUUCCAUGGUUGGCUAGAGCCCUUACUGGCUCGAAUUGUUGAGGAACCCACUGCUGUGGUUAGUCCAGAAAUCAGCAGCAUUGACCUCAACAGCUUUCAGUUCCAUAAGCCUGUGGCCACCAACCGCGCCUAUAACAGAGGUAACUUUGACUGGAGCCUGACUUUUGGCUGGGAAGCCAUCCCCGAGGAUGCAAAGAGGCUACGCAAGGAUGAAACCUACCCUGUAAAAACACCCACUUUUGCUGGAGGUCUCUUCGCAAUCUCAAAAACGUAUUUUGAACACAUCGGAACAUACGAUGACCAGAUGGAGAUUUGGGGCGGUGAAAAUGUGGAAAUGUCAUUCAGGGUGUGGCAGUGUGGAGGUCAGCUAGAGAUUAUCCCUUGUUCUGUGGUGGGCCACGUCUUCCGUACCAAGAGCCCCCACACCUUCCCCAAGGGCACUGAAGUGAUCACCCGCAACCAGGUGCGCCUAGCUGAAGUCUGGAUGGAUGACUACAAGAAGAUCUACUAUCGUCGUAACAAAAAUGCAGCAAUUAUGGCCAGUGAGCAUAGAUUUGGAGACAUCUCUGAUCGCCUGAAUCUGAAAGAGAGGCUUCAUUGCAAGAACUUCAGCUGGUACCUAAAUACAGUCUACCCAGAGAUCUUUAUUCCAGACUUAAAUCCAGAAAAAUCUGGAUCUAUUAAAAACUUAGGAUCUAAUAUGUGCCUGGAUGCUGGAGAGAACAACCAGGGGGGUAAACCUCUCAUCAUGUAUCAUUGUCACAACAUGGGAGGCAACCAGUACUUUGAGUAUACAUCUCAUAAGGAGCUGCGUCAUAACAUUGGAAAACAGCUGUGUCUUCAUGCGGCGGUGCGAUCAGACCCGGUGAAGCUUGAGCUGUGCCACCUUAAGGGGAAAGGUACCAGUGUGGCCCCUGAACAGGAGUGGGUCUUUACAGAGGAAAAUCUUCUGAAGAAUCCAAGCAGUGGACAAUGUUUAGCGUUGAAAGGAGGCCAGAUUUUGAUGGACUACUGCAAUGCUGCUGAACUCCACCAGCACUGGACUUUCACCUGACCUUCCAGUCUUCCCGCCGGGUGACCUUUGACACCUUCUACCCUCCCCCCCUUUCUCAAACCUGGCACAGAGGAGCCACAUCAAUAUUGAUUGAGUAGAACUUCACAGAAGCUGUGAAGCUUGGGGCGCAUACUGAAUGAAUAUUUAAAGAAGGAGGGACAAGGUAAAGACAGUCACAUCUGUCAGAUGCCUGGGGUGGUCUUAGUUCAUUUUAAAUUUAUUUAUGAAAGAAACUCUGCAAAGACAUUUGCUGGUGGUUGGGGAUCUUCAGCGUCUGGGCUGCGGCACUUGGGAGUGUCACCUUGAUAAUGGCAAAGCUGUGAAAACGUGUGACCUUAAAUGACUGGAUUUACACCUGAACUUCUUCUUCCUUUGUUUGUUUUUGUCAGACACUGAAUGUGAUAAGUUUAUAUCUUACUGAGGAGUAACAGAUGUCUGCUUUUUAAAUAAAAAUUAUGUUUUAGAUGAGGGCUUGUUUGUACACAGUAUGUUUUUUUUCUUUGUUUGUUUUGUCUUUUGUUUUUGGGGUUUUGAUUUUUUU